CAAUAGGAAAGCUCAACGCGUCGCAGUUUUCCAUUAAAGAAGCUCUCAGCCUACUACAUGGGUUACCAGAUGCUAACAAUAGCACUAUAAAGAUCUCAGGAAUAAACACGAACCCAUCCCGGUGGUUAGGACAAAAAUGGGUCUUAAAUAAAAAGAAAGAAAUAUUUUGGAGAACUACCCACAGAGCUCUUCCUUUAGGAUAUCGGCUUACCCAUGUACAAGAAAACCUAGAAGACU